AAACAAUAUUAGUUCAAAAAGCAGACUUGUGAAAUGCAAAGUUAAGAGGUGCCUUUGGACUUCGGGAUCGACAGAAUUCGUUUCGCUCCGCCAGAUUCGCCAGACGCACUACAACUUUCCUCAGUCCUGAAAAGAAAUAACUAAUGGAUUUUUUACAAGACUUGAUUUAGACAUUUGGAGAUGUUUGUGUGUCGUUUGGCAUUUCUGCUGUUUAUUCAUGGACUUCCAUUCGUCUUUGUGCUGGGAGAGAGAAGCCAGAAGAACCUUUACAUCCUAGGGUUGUUUCCAAUGGGUGGUGCAUUUGAUGGAGGAUUGAGUAUUCAGCCAGCGGUUGAGGUAGCUAUCGACUAUGUUAACAGAGAUGAAAAUUUUCUCCCAGGAUAUCAACUCAAUCUGGUAUGGGAUGACACAAAGUGUUAUGAAGGAGAGGCCAUCAGGAUCCUUACAAGAAGGUUUUGUGAAAAUAAAACCUUCAUCAUUGUUCUGGGGGCUGGAUGUUCAGCUGUCUCUGAAACUGUGGCACAAGCGACACAUUUAUGGAACUUGGUACAGAUUUCUUUUACCUCAACAUCAGUACCUCUGUCGGAUGAAAAACGAUUUCCCAUGUUUUUCCGAGUCGUUGUUUCUGAGAGGCAGGUGAAUUAUGCCCUUGUUGGAUUAAUUAAGCAAUUUAACUGGACCAAGGUUGCAAUAAUACAUCAUACAAAUAAUUAUUUUGUAACGAAGGUUGCGGAUAUGGAAACCCUCAUGAAUAAAGAUAACAUUCAAGUCACUACGAAGGUUCAUUUCAGUGAUGAUUCCAGAAAUGCCGUCCGCCAGUUAAAGGAAACUGAUUCAAGAAUUAUCAUUGGCGGCCUUUAUGAAAAACAAGCUAGAAAGGUUUUAUGCGAGGCUUUUAAAAUUCGAUUUGGUGGAUCAAAGAUUGUCUGGUUGUUGCCAGGAUACAACAAAUUUUGGUGGAAAAAAGACGACACUGACUGCAGUGCUGCUGAAAUAUUGUCAGUCUUGGGCAACUCCUUCAGCAUGUAUACUUACCUACAAACUGACUCCAAGAUGCAAGAUGACAACGACAUCACACAAGAUCAGUUCACGGCUGACUACUUUCAGAAGGUCGACGAUAAGAAGAUUUUGGGUUAUGAUUUUGCGCCAACUGGUUAUGACGCAUUGUGGGCUAUUGCCCGAGCACUCAAUGCCACCAUGGCUGACCUUAAGAAUACAGAAUUUGGACUUGAAGAUUUCUCUUACACCAAUAAGUAUAUAGGCGAUUUGAUAAAGAAGAACAUGGUCAAGGUUGACUUCAAAUCAUUAUCUGGCCGUGUGUCGUUUUUUGAAAAUGGUGAUAGCAGAAGAGCAUUAAAGAUUAUGCAAUUGCAAGUUGACAAAACAGUAAUAGUCGGUUUUUACAAUCAACUUGAAGUCGGUGAUAAGUUUAUAUGGAAGAAGUCUACACCUCUGUUUUGGCCAAAAGGAAUAGUAACAAGAGAUUCUAUACAAAUAGUUAAGACAUCAGUCCAAGUGUCACAAUCACUACAUAUCAUCAUGUGUGUGUUAUCUGCCCUUGGAAUACUCCUGGCCAUACAUUUUCUGGUUUUGAACAUCAGACACCAAAAUACAAGGGUCGUUAAAAUGUCAUCACCCAACAUCAACAAUUUAAUUCUGUUGGGCUGCGUUAUACUGUACUCGUUUGUGUUUUUAAAUGGACAUGAUGUCAGAGAAACGCCAGCAUUAUGUGAGGUGAAAGGGUUUGUGUUGAUAGUAGGUUUCUCUUUGGUGUUUGGUUCAUUGUUUGCAAAGACUUGGCGUGUAUAUGUCAUCUUCCUGGCUAGUAAGAAGUUGCAAAGACGGGCACCUAAGGAUUUCUACCUGUAUUUCAACAUUGCUAUGUUCACCACCAUUAAUGUGAUCAUCAUGGCAAUGUGGGCUGUAAUUGACCCUAGCAGACCUGCAGCACAUUCAUUGGAGCAUUUGAAGAAGAUAGACCUAGACGAGGAUCAAAUGGAGAUUCCAGUAUUAUGGUACUGUACGACCAACAUGUACUUCCAAAUAGUUCUUCUCGCCAUUCAAGGCAUACUUUUGGUGUUUGGCGUCUUCUUGGCUUAUACCACCAGAAAGGUGAGCAUUCCAGCAUUGAACGACUCCAAAGCAAUUGGAAUGUGCAUCUACAAUGUGAUUCUACUAACUUUAGUUGGGUUACCACUGUCACUGAUACUGGACGACGAUGUUGACAUUAUGUUUGGUGGCAUGUCUGCCCUCUUCAUAGCUGGAACUACAUCUACUCAGUGUCUUAUAUUUAUUCCAAAAGUGAAACAAUUAAAGAAGUACAUGGAAGGAGACAGAAGCCAGUGCCGUGUUACCACGAGUCAAGAGAACAAAUUUUCAGAAAAGCAAUGUUCCCAUACUGAUUUUACGAGUAGCGCUUAAUAAAUUGCUUACAUUAAGAACAGCUAAAUAUGAAGUUGUGGUGUUAUCAGAAACGAUGUGUGAGAAUUGAACAAUUGAUAAAUAAUUCUUGAAAUAGUAACUAAUUCCAAAACCUGUAAUGGUACAUGACAUUUUAUAUAAAUUGUUCAAACAAUAUCAUCAACAAAA